AUGAAGUUCAUUGGAGUACUUCUUGUGCUUGCUGGACUCAACACGUCUGUUCUCGCGGAGUUGAACGCGACGAUCCCCGCGGCAUCUAACGCAUCUACUUUCGGAGGUUCUGUCUUAGAACCUGCUGCGAAUCAGCUGGAUGAGCUUGCUAGAAUUGUUACCUGUACUCCUCGCUUCAAACAGCCUGGAGGCCGCAUGAAGCAAUACCAGGUGGAUGUUGGCUAUGCCCAAGCCCAAGCCAAGAAGGGCGGCUUCAGAGAAGGCAGGACCGGAUAUCCCCACCGGUACAAGAACCACGAGCGUCUCGUCUUCGGUACCUACAAUUGUGACAAGGCUCGUGCUCAUCUGAUGGAAUAUCCAAUUUAUUGGAAUGGUAAUGGAAAUGAAUGGCAGAAGGAUGGGGAUAGGCAGAAGCAGCCCGGUCGUUAUACUCCAAUCCGUGUUGUUUAUGCUAACCAAAAUGGCGCACUUAUCUACUGUGGUGUUAUGACGCAUGAGUUUUGGUUCAAGAAUAGACAUGGUGCAGGCAGUUUCAAGCUAUGUGUGUGA